AGGCAACGUAUGAUUAAACACUGAACUGCACUUGAAUUGUUUAUUUCCAUGGCGACUGAUCGUGAUUGUAACGAAAUUGAUCCAACACUAAUUGAUGCUAACACAGAAACUGAGUAGUGAGAGUGUAGAACUUUGUUGGGUAAUUUGACUAUUAAAUUAUAAAUUGCCAAGAUGCCUACUAAAAAAAAAAAAGGUAAAGCAUCGAAAUUAUCGCGUAUGAGUGACGAGGAGCGAGCACGAUAUUUGCAACAUCGGGCAGAAAUAGAGCUAGAAGCAAAAAGACGCAAGCAACAAUUGAUCGCGGCUUUCACAAAGAAUAAACUGAGACGUGAAGAAGCUUUCUCGAGAUUAAAUACAGCAAAAAUAAAUGAGCAGUGGCGUCAUAUUUUACGCCAGAUCAAGUGCAAAGAACUGUAUCAGGAUGUUAAAUAUCUCUGGCAAAAUUUUGAUUGGACUCUGAAAGCUAAGGAUGUGCUGAUUGCAAGACUCUAUGAUGAACUUGAAUUAUCUGAUAGAGAUCAUCGGCGGUCACAAGAUGCUCAUAUUCUCAUGAUUGACAAAUUCAUUGGGAUACACAAGGAGAGACUAACUUUUCUCCAUGAAAAUUAUUUACGAGAACUGAAGGAGUUACAAUACAUUGGAGCUGUAGAGUUGAACAAAAUUAAGAAAAAGUUGGCAAACAGUUGCAAGGAAUAUGACACGAUUAUAUUUGCACAAAACAAAAGUCUUGACGAAAGCUUGGAAAAAACAAAGUCCCAAAAUGCCAUCCACACUCGCACUAUUGUACACACGAAAGAAGAUGAUAUGAUUGAACUACGGAACCGUGUUGUGGGCAAUAUGGAGCGUCUGUGGUCUGAACUUAUUGGAACAGUUUCAGACUACGAAACACUGACUGAAAAUAAACGCAAGCAGUAUGAGUACUUGAAAGAGCAGGACGACGCUGUAAGGGCGGAGACAGCAGUAUUUCCAAGACAACAAUCGCAGUUAUUAGAUACUAUAGAUAAUAUGAAAGGGCAAUUGGAAGAUUUGGUAUGGGAGCGUGGGGAACGUAUUACAGAAUUGAAAACUCAAUUGACGCAGCUGAACAAAGCUAUUUGGGAUCUAAGGUCCAAGAUAAGAAUGGCUCAAGUUAUGGAUGCCAUACAGUUGAAAAGGCUCAGUGUUAUUAGCAAUGGUGUUAAGAAGGAAUUAGAAAAGCUUCUUGAAAAAGGAACAAUGCUACAGCUUUUAAGUGAACUUUGCUCAAACUUAGAAGGGCCGCUGGAUGGAAAAGGAAGAUCUUCUAUUUGUGGAGAUGAGUCAUCUCAUUCUUUGGAAAAUGCAGUCUCUACACAUGUGACUGAACCUUUUAACAGAAUGGAAAAGUUCUGGCAGCGUUUCAAUGAGAGAAAGGCAGAGAACAUUCUGAUGCGCAAAGAUCGUGCAGAGCUUUUGCAGGAAAAUAGACAUCUCAGGCACAACUUGCGUGUGUAUCUUGUUACUGUUGCCCGAAUGCCUGUACCAAGGCCUCAUACCGCAAUUUAAAAGGAAUUGUGAUGACGCAAAACUGAACAUGCUAUUGAUCAAUUAAUUUACGAACUUCAUUGUUUUUAACUUUGGAGGAUGAUUUAUUUGACUGGAAAUCAAUGAUGUCAUACAAUAUUCGCAAUUCAGGAAUUAAAAAUAAUUACCUGAAA